CCGUCAGUCUCGCGAGACCUGCCAGUUCCGCGUUGCCAAGCGACCGGAGCCCCGCCCCCCGUGCGGCGGUCCGGUUGCGGCGCGCAGUCGCGGCGGAGGCUCCGUUUAUACAAGGGUCGCAGGCGGGCCUGGGCUGUUAGUGGGGAAGAUGUCGCGCUAUGGGCGUUACGAGACCAAGGUGUACGUGGGAAACCUGGGCACGGGCGCGGGCAAAAGCGAGCUGGAGAGAGCCUUCAGCUACUACGGGCCCCUGAGAACCGUGUGGAUCGCGAGGAACCCGCCGGGGUUUGCCUUCGUGGAGUUUGAAGACCCGAGGGAUGCUGAAGAUGCUGUGCUUGGCCUUGAUGGGAAGAUAAUAUGUGGCUCCAGGGUUAGAGUGGAAGUGUCGACUGGGAUGCCUCGUCGCUCCCGUUACGACAGGCCUCCUGCACGGCGCCCCUUUGACCCUAAUGACAGAUGCUAUGAGUGUGGUGAGAAAGGCCACUAUGCUUACGAUUGUCAUCGCUAUAGUCGCCGAAGGAGGAGCAGGUCCCGGUCUAGAUCCCGUUCAAGGUCCCGAGGCAGAAGGUAUUCUCGGUCACGUAGUUGGAGUCGCGGUAGGAGAUCAAGGUCAGCUUCCUACCGCAGGUCUAGGUCAAUGUCUCCUCGUAGGUAUAGGUCAUUUACACCCCGCAGAUCUCGGUCUGGUUCUUUAAGGAGAUCAAGAUCUAGGUCCAGAUCACGCUCAAGGUCCCGGUCUGUUGUAUGGCCUCGAAGUAGGUCUGGGUCCCAUGGUAGAUCUAAAUCUGGCUUACCUGCUAAAAGUUGCUCGAAGUCCAGAUCACCAUCUCCGAAGAGAAGUCACUCACCAUCAGGAAGCCCUUGAAGGAGUGCAAGUCCUGAAAGAAUGGAUUCAAAUUUAAAAAAUUUAAGAAGAAAAUUUAUUUUGUUUACAUUAUUAUAAGGGAUUUUGUGAUGUCUUUAUAAACAUAAGGGCUUAGUCCUAGAAGGCUGUUUCUAUUGACUAACAAUUGGCAAGUAUUUGCAUCUUUUAAAAGUCUUACUGGUAGACUAAUGCGAAACUCUUUUGUGUUAAUGUUCUGUGAUCUGGAAAUGUUGGGCUUUUUUAUUGGUUCAAAGAAAUAAACUGUGCAUUUCUAACUAAGAAAUAUUUUGUGAUAACCCUCUUGUUUCUGUGAAUAGUUGGGUAGCUGAAGCAGGUCAUGUGUUACCAUGGUGAAAAGCAGGAAGCAGGCUGUUUGGCAAGGGCUGCCCUGCAGGCUUGUGUCUGGUGUAGGACUUAAUUGCUACUGAGUACUGAUUAGAGCAAAGAGUUACCAGUACCAGCUGUUGUUCUUACUGUUUGGUCUUGAAUGUUAGUUAUCUGUACCUUGUGUUUUUAUUUGCACCUCCUCACAGCUCAGUGAAGCUGAAAACUUGUCUGGAGGUGCUUGUAUACUUGACUUACAAAAAUGUCUACAAAGGCCAUGAACAUGUAAGGAAUGUGUGAAUGCUGGUCAGCCUGUCCUGUUGAUCAAAGGACCAGUGAACUUCUCACCUGAAGGUACUUGGAAUACUCAUAGAAUGUAAACCAUUGAGGCAAAAAUUUUUAGAAAUCUUGUUUAUGUCCUGGUUGUCCAAACUGUACUAUUUCUUUGUGAUACUUAAGUUAAAUUGGCAGAAGAUAAUACAUUUAGAGAUUCCUUUUCUUUGAAAUUAAGGAUUUUCUUACAGACUGAAGGUCACAAGCAGGUCAUGUUUAAAUAACAGUACAUUUGGGAAAUUAAGAGCUCAUGUUCCACCUCUCCUACCUGUCACAUCUUCUUUGGCAGUAAAGCGUAACAGAUCAGUUGUUGCUUUGGGAAACUGGACUGUAGCUGCCUGUACACAGAUAGGUUACUGAAGGUUUUAAUUAAGUAUAAUAAACUAGUGCAAGGUAUUUGCCAGUUUGAUUUCUCCUUGCAGCUGAUAGUGGCUACUAUCAGACUAGUAAAGAAAUUGGAGUGCCACAUGCUGUUUAAGUCUUCCUUAUCGUAUGUUCUGGCCUAUAGUGCUGUGUCUUACAGGCCUGCAAGGAACAACAGUUCUCUUGGGGCUUCUAAUAUAUCUACUGUUAAAAGUGGAGCACAGCAGCUCUGUGUGGGCUCCAAGUACCAGGGGUUCAGAUGAACUUUGAUUGUUAUUGUUUAACAAGUUGUCCAGGUAUUAAAAGAAUUAUAAUGAGCCCCUGUACAUGAUGUCACAGAUUCUUCCUGUGUACUACAACAUGUGUUGUCUGUCCCCUUUCCCACAUGUUUGUAUGUUUUAGUGCAUUGGUGCUUAGUAGGAUAAGGGGCUUUCCUUGCUGAUGCUGCUGCAAUUGAUAUUUUGUUGUAACCAUAGUCCCUUGUAAGAUACAGAGAGAGCUGGAAGAAACAGCGAGGGUGACCCAAAAGCCACUGCUAAACACUGCUGGCAGGGAGUAUUUAUUGGGUUCCCUUCCCCUUGCACCACUGCAGUUUACAGCAUUAAUGGUAAAAAUUACUCCAUGCAACAAGUGCUUUUAAAGGGGAGUAGCUUUUUUCUUUUACACUUUGUACUGCUGAAGCAAGCUGACUCCAUAAUAAACCUGUAGACUUAA